AUGAAUGGUUUACUUGACAAAGAAUUAGUUAAAUUAGCUGAAAAAAGUGCACGUGAACGAGAAAAACGUGAACGUGAAGCUCAAGAGCAAGUGCUACAAGCAGCACCUACAACGCCAACCACAACAUCAACAACUGUACUAUUUAAUAAUCAAAUACAAGUUCAACCAACAAUUGAAAUUAUUUUUUCGGAUCAAAAACCAAGAAAACCUAGAAACUCUUAUGUCACAAUAUCUAAUAAUACUUAUAAUGAUACAAAUAAAACAGAAGAUUUAUUAAGAUUUACACCACGACUUGAUCAACAAUCGUCAAUAACAUCUAAUUCAACAAAUAAAUAUCCCAUAUCUAAUGAACUUCCAGCUAAAUUACAACAAAUGACUGGACCUAAUGGAUCUAUAAGAAUAUCAACGAAAGCAAAAUGGUAA